UGUUUCAAGCAGCAAAGAACAAUGAAUGUUAUCGCGAGACUUUUUUUCAGCAAAAUAUGUUUACUAUAAAUGGAGACGGGAACGUUUCAAUUCUAUAUCGAGUUCAAAAUUAUUCGACUUACAAACAAAAUGAAACUUCUCGUCGUUUUUGCUUGCUUCCUCCUGAUGGUGGCCACUUCAACAUCUUUUGUAUGUGGACCAAACUCGCAUUAUACUACUUGCGUCUUAAGAUGUCCUAGGACCUGCUUUUGGACCGAAUGCGCUGAGGAGUGCAUAGGUGAAGGAUGUGAGUGCGACGAUGGAUAUGUACAAGACAAAGAUGGGAAUUGCAUAACCAUAGACGAUUGUUCAAAACCUGGACGUGCGUGUGGAACCAACGAAUACUACCAAUCCUGCGGAAGCGGAUGUUCAUCUCCCCGCUAUAUUUGUGGAGAACCUAUCGGAGAUCCGGCGACUUGGCCCAAAUAUUGUCCUACAGUUUGCGUACCGCGUUGUUAUUGCAAAGAUGGUUAUUUGAGAAACUCCAAAGACAAAUGCGUUUUACCAGAAGUUUGCGAAUAAUUGAGCCGAAAACAUCCGAACUAUUUUGAUUAUAUCUUUAAAAAAAUAAUGAUUCGUAAAAUAUAAUAAUUUCAUUGAAAA